GUAUAUAUCUGUGUGUGUCUAUUGAAGGCGCCACGUCGGCAGAACCAGCAAAGAGCUGAAAAGAGAGCUGCGUAGCUCCGUGUGUGUGUGCGUGAGGAGAAGUUAUAAAAGCAGCGGGUUCAUUUUGACUUUAAUUGAGUUUUUAACGCGAUAACACCGCGAAAAACCAACGAAGAAGAAGACGGCAUUAACAGUCAGCAGCAGGUUUCCACUCACUGAGAGAAAACAGUGUUUCAAGGCACAGUUUAGGUUUAGGGAGCUGAAACAGAAGCUGUCUCAAGUUUCUCUGCCAGGUGUGUUUGAGGCAGAAGCACUGGGAACAAUGGUGAAGAAUGUGAACAGCGUUAUCGUGGAGCCUCAGCCUGGGACCAGCAUGGCCCCGGACGAAGCUGAACCCGUCGACAGCGAGCCCACAGAGGAUCCCGGUAAGGACCACGUGGUGCCGGCUCCCGGCAUAAUGUGGCGGGUGACCGGCGGCCUCUUCAAUGUCACCAAGGGGGUCGUGGGCGCCGCGGUGGGCGGGGUGGCCUGGGUGGGCGGCAAGAGCCUGGAGAUCACCAAGUCGGCCGUGACAACGGUGCCCUCCAUGGGGGUGGGGCUGGUGAAGGGCGGGGUGGCGGCCGUGGCCGGCGGCGUCUCCUCGGUGGGCUCGACGGUCGCCAGCAAAGUCUCGUUCACCUCAAAGAGGAAAGACAAGGCCGAGUGACGACGAGGAGGAUGAAGACGAUGACGAUGAUGAUGAUGAUGAUGGACCAACAACGAGAGGCUGCCAGCUGAUCUCUGUCUGCCAAUCAAACACAGUGCCUUCUGAUGCUUAUUCCCGGUCUCGUCACCGUUCAAAGAUCCAGACUUUUAAUGCAAAUACAGAUUCAGUAAUCCUACGACAACAAAGAAUCUCCAGAAUGCUGAGUCACUGAAACGCUCCAUAAGAACUUCGUCAUCUGACUUGGGGAGGAUUUAUGCGUAUGGAAGUGAUCAUCCGGCUCCAGGCGGGUCGUAUGAACCGGGAUGAAUAUUUCCAUGUGUCUACAAUCCAGACUGAGGCUCUCCUCUUUCCUCCUCUUCAGUCUUUUCCAAACCUACACAUUAAGUGACAUGUUUCAGAAUUAAACGUGCUGUUUUAACUCCAAGGUAUCAAAGUACUAUUGAAAUGUGUGUUGAGAAUAAAAUACAAAUGUUUCAGCAUUUUGAGCGGACGAUUCGGCAACAUCGUUCAGUCUACUGACCUACUUUAAACCGUUGGAGGAGCCUCGGGGCGUUUCCUUCACCCAGCAGCCUCGGAGCUGCAUGUCGGAACACUUCCCUGAAAUGUCUGGAGACAAAUACUGGGCUCAGCUCUUUCUCCACAGCUAUAUUAUUAUUGUUAAAGUGUUUUGUUUUCGGUAUGUGUGAAACGUCAAAAUGCCGUGCUGGACCUUUUUUAAAGAAUGUUUACUUUUUGUUUUCUAAAGAUUUAAAGAGACAUUGAGCAGCACUUGAUUCAUUGAUGGUUGUUUUGAGAGGGAAAGUUCCUGAUGUUGUCUGAACUGCUCAGUGAUGGCUGAGCUGUACCUUUUUAAUCAGAAGGCGAACACUGUGCUGUGGUGCAGGCAACACUCGUGAACGUUUAUAUGCAAUAUUAGCAUUUCAAUGCAACUUUUGGACUGAAUGGGAGCUGUUGCUGGUGGGACUAAACUAUGUGAAUUGUCUUGUUUGUGUUUUUGUUUCCCCCAAUAUAUCAAUAAAGUAGUUUUGAAGUUUAAA